AACCCUAAAAUCUUGAUAGGGUUUAUGGCGGGACAAUCCAACUAUGCGCCUCCGGCCACAUUCUCCGCGGCGGAGGUGGAGUUUCUCGCGGAGGACGAGACGAUCGGCAUCAUUCCCAGCUUGAGAAUGGAUCCCUUGCAUUUGAUUUCCGGAGAUUUUGGUCCCUUUCGCCCGCAAAUCUCUGCUAUAGUGCCUUUGUGGCUCGCAAUUGCUCUCAAGAAGCGAGGGAAAUGCCGGAUCCAGGCUCCGGAGUGGAUGACCGUAGAGAGGCUCACGGAAGUGCUGGAGGAAGAGCGUCAACAGCCACAGGAAUUCCGACCUCUACCAUUUCACUACAUUGAGAUAUCUAGAUUGUUGUUUGAUCAUGCGCAAGAUGAUAUACCCGACUGUUACUUGGUGAGGUCAUUGAUUGAAGACAUACGCAAUGUGAGGUUCCAUAAGAUUGAGGCUGGACUCGAGAAGCUCUCCAACAAAACAUUUGCUGUGAAGCUUACAAACCUCUCGGCUAUGGAGGUGAACAUCAUCCGGCCAUUCACAGUGCGGACGCUCCAGGCUCUUUUCAAGCAUGGAAGCGACGAGUACCAUAGGCAUUCCGACGAUAGGUUUUCCCAGCCAACUGUCAUAAGACGGAUUUAGUCGUGGUUUCUUUCUGGUUUGUGCUAAAAUCCAAAAAGGAGUUUUUGGAUCCUUGCACAGGUGUGGCAAACUAGAUGAAGUGAACUAAAUCUUUGUGUCGAUUUCUUAAGAA